CCUGUGGACUGACUGGGUUUUUUUUUUUCUUCAUUAGUCGUUUCUUUCACUCAAUUGUGGUUUAAUAAUAUAUAAAGGAAAUUUCUAUGAAUGUGAUGUGUUGUUAGUGACCUGUGCUGUAUGAAAAACCUCGUACAACUGUCAAUUGACCCGAACAUACUGGAAACAAAGGGAGAUGUGGCGGUUAAAAGCUGUGCGGCACAAGGUGCAUCCUCAGUGUGGCAACCUGGAGGAGUUUCAAUUCAAGAGGAGGGAGUAUGAGAAAGAGCUGAGGAAGGCUCGGAGGGACCAGCAGCUGGUCAGUAAGAGAUUGCUACAGGAGGAGGGUGACCAUGAAGGAAUGGAGACUACAGCUGAAGUGCUGUCAAAGAACGAGGUUGUGCAGCUGUUCAGAGGGAUCCAGCAGAGCGGUGAGGAAAGGGUUAAUGCUCUGCGUAAUUUCAGGAGGGCACUGCGACAUAAAGAGACACAGCGCAUCUUUGUCAAGUUGGAGAACAGUAUGCACCUGCUGGUGGGUUUGUUCAGUGGCUCGAAUGCGGUUUGGCAGCUGGAAGCUGCACAUUGCCUGCAUGAACUCUCACACUCAGACGAGCCCAGCAUUGCCCUAGCUUGCCUUCCAGCCACCCCAUACUUACUGACCUACCUCUCGGGCCAAAGUGCAAAGUUUACGGAGCUGUGUCUGUACACUCUGGGGAACCUGACUGCAGAGAGUGAAGCUGUUCGGAAGCAGCUGUUGGCACAGGGCAUCGUCCCAGCAUUGGCCUCCUGUAUACAGUCACCUCAUGCUGCAGUGGUGGAAGCCGUGGGCUACACACUCUCCCAGCUUUUACAGGCUAAAGAAGCACCUGAGAAAAUUAUACCAUCAGUCUUAGAGUCUGGUGUAACAUCCCAUCUGCUGAGGUUGCUGCAGUCUGAUUCAGAGUUUGGGAUUGGAGCAGCGAUUGAGUGUGCCUGGUGUCUGCACUACAUUGUCUCAAGCAAUGCAAACACAAACCUUCUGAUGGUUCAAGGUGCUGUUUCAAAGUGCACGUCCCUGCUAGUAGCACUGGGUGGAGCUGUAGCAUCAGGCACCACAACAGAGGGAAUGGAUCUGGUGAUUUCUCCUGUGCUCCGUUGUCUUGGAAACCUACUGGCCAACCAUGGAACGGAAAGCUGCAGAGAGCAGAUGAGGGACAGCAGAGUGCUGGUGGCACUGUGUGCUUUCAUCCAGGGCUUUUUAAAGCCACGUCCAUCUGUGGCACGGGAAAGCCUGUGGGUCAUCAACAACCUGACAGCUGACGAUCCUGUAUUCUGCUCAGCUGUGUUCUACCUGAACCUGGUACCUGUGUUCAUGCAGCUUCUCCCUUUCUCCAAGGGGAUAAAUAUUAUGGUCCUCAGAUUGCUGUGUAACAUUGCGGAGAAAGGGCCUGUGUACUGCCAGCAGCUGCAGCAGCGAGAGAUCUUCUCUGCACUCUAUGCAACCCUCAGAAUGGCCGAGCCUGAGGUAGUCCGUCUCAGUUUGGAACUGCUGCACAUUAUUGUGGCAAGCAGCCCACAGGUGGCUGAUGAGUUUACUGAGAAGGGAAUCUCAGCCCUGGAGGCCAUUCAGUACAACAGUGAAGAGGAGAUACGACUGCGAGCCAGUUACAUAUUAGACCGCUACCUUCAUAAGCAGAGCCAGGUUAAUACUCCUGCAGUAUAAAUAGAGCACAUGGAGGAGGUCUGCGCCAAGGAAAAUGUUUACAGUUCACCUCAGGAAUCACGCUGAAUUGAUUGUGGAACCAAGUUAAUCAUAUUACAACAUGGCAUUUCCUGUUUAUAGAUUUCAACCCUAAGGGUUGGAUAGAGCUUUCCAAUUUGAAGCAAUAGCAAACAAACUGACAUUGUUGCCAUUACUGUGGUAGAAACCAUUAGUUUACCUUUUGACUGUAAGUAAGCUACAGAAACUAUAGGAUAAUGAAAAUUGUGGUUUUAUGAAUGCUCCAAUAUGGAGUAUUUUCUUGUUAAAAAAAUAAAUAAAUAAAUCCAUGCUUACAGGGAAAGGUUGAAUUAAUGUAAGAGCAAAGAAUAAGCCUUAUUUGGGUCCCUUGUCCUAUCACGUACAGCGGGAGAUAAACACUGUACUGUAAGUUUCAUAUAGUAUUUAUUUGCCAGCAUUAAAUGUUUGUUUUAAUUUUUUCUUUUGAGAUGGGUAUUCUGUCCAUGUUCUUUUUGUACAGGAUGGCAUACAGUAGGUGUUCAGGCUUUUUUAUAUAUAUAAAAAAAAUGUCUAUUUUGUUCUCGCAUGAAUUCAACUACAAA